AUGACUACAAACUUGCUCUCUUUGUUCCACAUCUUCGGCGCCCUCGUCCUGUGGAUGUCAGCGGUCAUCCACCUCCUUGUCCACCCGUUGAGCGUUCCUUCUUCUACGAUCACUAUCGUCCUCAUCAGCCUGGGAAGCGUGCUUCUCGUACAAGAGUUCUCGACUUCUUCAUCGCGAUGGUACCCUUCCCGACUUUCUCGACCGCAGCUGCUGAGCUCCUGUCUCGGACGAGCACUCUGCUUGCUCGUCUCGACAGCCGUCACGUUUGACCAGCUCACCGACCUUCCGUGCGACGUCCAGGUUGGCAGUUCACCAUACUCCACAUCCGCUGCCAAGUUUUCCGUCUCUUCUGGAGACGCCGCUCGCAACGUCACCACGGCAGGAAAGCUCUCGAAGCAAAAAGGGCCACCCGAGUUCGGAACCGCCUUCUACAUCUGCCGCUCUCUGGCACCGCAGUGUGUACCGAUCAACACGGUACCUGGCCAAAACACGGGGAGCACAGCGUGGGUCAACGUUUCAGUCAACAGUACGAGCCAGGUAAUGGUGCUCUCAGUGUGCGCCUUGACGCUGGCUGUUUCGGCCACGUACUUUGUGCUCGCACUGCUGCACCGGUCGGACAGAACCAGCGCUCCAGCGAGUAUGGGGCGUGGCAGGCUGAGGGGGCAGGAUGACGAUCCGGUGUCGUUGCGGUUUGUCGAGGUGCGAGCUGCGCGAGGCGAUUUGAAACCAAGCGGUUCCGAUUCGUCGGCUUGUCGUGUCAACUUCUACGCUAAUGGUCGAGGGUGCCGUUGUAAGCCGGUCGAUCUGUACGCUGAGCAGCUCGACGAGCCGGCGACGCGGUGUCCAUCUGUCGACAUCAGUCUUCGCGCCGCAAGCCCUCCCUCGCUCUGCCAGCUCAGAGGCCUUCCAACCAGCCACACGAUCGAGAGCAUGCUCAUUCCGUCCCAGGGUGCAGCUAGCAUGCCCGAUCAUGUAUUUCGCAUCGACAAGCUCGAGACUUCUCCACUGUCCACUCGGGCAGCAAGCGACAUCGCUCCACGUGUCACGAAAGACGUAAUGAGCUUGGAGGACCUGGAGGAGGCACAAGCCUUUGCAGCUGCACGAAGGGACAGGUAUGGGUACGAAGGCGGGUACGAUCGGACGGUGGAUUUUGCCUCAGGGUGCAUCAUGCACUAUCCGCUGUUUACCAAAAAGAAGAGAGAGCAGAGGUUGGCGGUGCCGAGCGAGACAUUUUCGACGUUGCUGCCUCCUGACUUUUCGAGGGGGUCCUUGGGCAGUGCGACAGGUCUAACGCCGAGGAAAACAGGCAAGAGCCGGGCGAGCGUUGCGUCGAGGACAACCGAGUGUCAGCCGCUGCAGUCGAGGGUGGGUGAUGGACAAGAGGCUGAUUGUGGACCACGUGCAGUGACGACCAAGUGCGCGAUGCAGCUGUCUGAAUCCACACUCCCCCCUUGGGAAGCAAAGGACGACAAAACACACUCAAUCGUCAUCUCAACAUCCGCGCCGGCGCUGCUCUCGCCCAGCGCUCUCGACCCACCCGACACCUGGUCCACCCACAAAAAGACACCACGCAGAACUAAGCACGCCCGCAAGCCGUCGCUCACUGUGGGCGACCAGACAGCCCGACGUCUAGGCACCGCCGAAUCUGCACGCUCCUUCCUCUCCACCAUGUCUAACCCAAUCUCGCGCCCGAGCACAGCCACCUCGACGAAAUCGGCCAACUCGUUCCGCCUGAUGCGUCGCCGCCGUGGCCUGUUUGCCACGCUCGACCUGCAGCUUGGAUCCAGAUUCAACGGGACGAGUCAGGAUGCGUCUGUGACUGCUGGACGCGGAGGAGGAGGUUCGUAUGACUCGCAGCGGUCGUGUAGCGCGGGCACGUUUGGUGACGGCGUCGCGGGUGAUGUCUCGCCUCUGUCGACACCGAAGGGGUUCACUGGUGCGAGUAGUUCUGCGCCCUGGUCUCCCUCGCACUUGGCACUGCCACCCCAGUCGGCAACGGCAAAGCCGUGCAUGCAAUGA